AGACAAUGCUGCAGCCGACUGCUGAGACUCGACUUGAACGGUUCGUCGGCUUACUGACAGCAGCGCGCGCUCGCUUCGAUGGCGCUGAGAAAAUAAGUGUGCACAGCGUAAGACUGGCUGAAGGCAAAGUUGAAGUCGCUGUUAAAAGUGAAGUUGUAGUGCGGAUAUUGUAAACAUACAAACAAACAAACGUAGAAAAAAAUAAAAAAUAGUAAAAAAUAGCUGCAGAGCAAUCAGUUAUGUGAACCUGCUACCAAACACCAGCGCUUGUCUGUAUGUGUGUAGGUUUGUGACUCUGCAAUUGCUCAGAAGAACGCCACAAAUAUGCGGUGAGAUAUUCAUUCCUCAGCUUCAGUCAAAUUUGUUUGGCUUGGCGCUUAUUGGUUUAGUCGCGGUUUUGCAGGCGCAACGCGCGAACGCAACGGUUUUCAAUAGUAGAUUUACAAGGUGUUAAUCAGUUAAUGAGGAAUUUAUAAAAAUUAAAAAAAAAAAUUUAAAAUACUUUUAAAAAGUGAUUUUGAAAUAAAUUCAUUAAAAACAUUGUGCAGUGUACCACUUAAUUUACAAUAAAAAUUAAACUUUAAAAAUAAAAAAAAAAUUAUAAAAUUACCGUUAAUUACCACAAGUGCUAUUACAACAAAAAAGUAACAAGAAAUUAUAAAAAUUUAAAAUACCCACGCUACAAUUCAGCAAUGUAAGCUCAUUCAUAACGAAAAUGUGAAAAUUAACCAAACAAGUGUGAGACCCUAAAAAGCAGUGCUUUGCAGUCGCAACAACAACAGCAAAAACUCGCAGCGUCUUUCAAUGGGAAAACAAUUAAAAUUUGCAUUCAUUAAUAGUCGAAGAAAAAAUUGCAGGUGAGCAAAAAAGUGAGCAACGUGAAGCAAUAAAAAUUUAAUGCCACACCAGUAUCACUGCAACGCACCCCUCGAAAGCAUUAACAAACAAGCAUAAAUAAAUUAUAAAUGCAGAUAAAAUGAGUAAAUAGCGUAGUUGAGACUAGCAAUGAGCUGCAGAACUACACCAAACACCAAUAAAUAACCAACCGAUACACAAGCCACGCCGUCUAACUGAUCGGUUGGUGUGCAAAAGAUGCGUUCGCUUACGUAAUCGAAAUCAAAGUGCAACAUCCAACAAAUCCAAGCACACAUAGAAGUGCAUUCAUGGCUACACGCGCCGUGGCUUCACUGGUUUCUUCUGUAGCUUCUACACUUUUGCAGCCAAAGCGCAAUUGACAUUUUCAUUCUUGGCAACUACGUGUGGACUUCGCUGAACGCUGAUUUAACUUUGCGAAAUCGAUUAGCGACGGCAAAACUUCAAAAGCACAACAGGUGAAUAGUUGAAGGCACAAUGGCGAGCGCGACUGGCGGCAGCGAAGCCACUGAAUGCGAUGACAAUGCGUCUGCAAUGGCCAUACAUCUGGCUGAGAAUAUCAAAACAAACAAUUACAUGGCCAGCAGCAGAAAGAAUCGACACGAUGUCCACAGCAGCGGUGAGGGGUCGUCGCAUAAAAAACUAGAAUCAGCGAAAUUUGGGCAUACAAGUGGACGCGGUAUGGCUGAGGGUCUGCGCCGUCAGACGACCAAAUAUCCACACGGACUGAAUGUCAGCAUACAAACAGUGACCAUUAAUGAACAACAGCACAACAAUAGUAAUUCCAACAACAACACUAAUAAUAAUAGCAGCAACAUGAAUGCCAGUAGCGAACUGAAUGCAAAUUAUGGUUACUCACGAGCAUCCACAUUGCGCAGCAGCUGGGGUGGCAGCAACAAUAACAAUGACAACAAACACCAAAAGAACAGCAGCGAACAUUUGAAUGACGACAUGCGGCACACCUCAAUUCAUAGGGACACAAGAGCGGCCGCGGCAGCAACGUUGGAUAACUGUCACCGCAAAUAUCGCAUUAGCAUGAUCAGCAGCCCGGAAAAUCUGGCCGAAUUGCAAAUGCGUCGCUACAAGUAUCCACUCACCGGCAACUACUAUCUGGACACACAGGAUGCAACGAGUGUGAAACAGCCGCCCCCGCUGCCGGUACUGCGUAGCUACCUACAACGCUUCGGCCGCUGGAAAUAUCUGCGCUGGCCCAUUAUAUUUUUAGCGAGCACCCUCCUAUUCUUCGGUCUCAUCACAUAUUGCAUUUGGCUGCACGAUGUGAGUGUGGCACGUGAACGUUAUCAACAACGUCGACGACAGGAAGUCGGCAAGGAGGCGCAGUUGGCCGUUAGUGAAGCGCAGCUCAUCAACUUUGUUGCAAAUACCGUCGAUGUGUGGCAGCGUAUCGAUGAAAGUGGUGUUGCAACCACAACAACUACGCUGUCAAGCAUCACCACGAAUACAAAUGUUGCUGCAACCACUGACCACAAUCGCGAACACCUACAGGAAUCGACGAUUUUACGUGCAAUUAGCACUCAAGCACAUCAACCGCCCAAGCAACAGCAGCUCACCACACCGUCGAAAGGUGUUGUCGCCAGUGGUGGUAAGAAGCAGCAUAAAGAGAGUUUCGUUAAAGACAGUGAGGAGACCACGCCUGAAGCCACUACUUAUGCCAGCGCCGAGGCGGCUUUCAUUCCCACUAACGUACUGCAUUACAGCGGUUUUAAUGGUCAUCAGAACAGCUUUGGUGUGCCCAUCGAAGAGGGUCAUCGCAUUUUGAGGCUGUUUAAUAAAGGCCUCUCACCAGAUCAACCCUUUAUCCCGACAACCAAGUCUUUGGCUAAGGUAUCACCUACGAUACCACCGCUCCCAAAGUUUAAGCCCACACACGCCAUGUCAUCAGGCUUCCGCACCACCGCGCAAGAUAACGGUUGUUAUUCAACCACGCUGCCGAUGUGUCAGGGUGUGCUGGACUAUGAUUUAACCUAUAACUCCACAACAAAACUGCAGUUCAAUGAUCAACAAGCUUUUCAGCAGCUGGUAGCAUCUAACUGUUCAGCGCGUGCGCUCGAAUUCAUUUGCGUCACGCUAGAACCGGAAUGCAGACCUUCGCAUAUCGGUAUAUUGCCGCCUUGUCGGAGGAUUUGCAAAGCCGUACUAGAAGCCUGCUCCAUAAUUAUCGCCAACUCAGAUGCGCUCAACGAGCUCUUUGACUGCAAUGUCUACCCCGAUUCGAAUGAUCCGCACAAAUGUGAAGAUCCCUCGAGAAGACGCGACUACUGUUAUGACAAUGAGUUCGCCUGUUACGAUCGCACUUGCAUACCGCAGCAGUGGCAGUGUGACAACAUUAAAGAUUGCGCCGCAGGUGAAGAUGAAGAGAGCUGUUUGAUCUGCGAUCAUCAGGAUGAGUUCCGCUGUCGUUCAAAUGAAAAGUGUGUGCCAGAGUCGGUGCGGUGUGAUCUGAAAUACGACUGCUUCGACGGUUCUGAUGAGGAGGAAUGUGAUGAGUACGGUUCUGGUGAUGGAGAUGAAGCGGUAGUCACUUUUGAUGAGGCUGCCUUGAAUUCAUUUCCACGCAUAUUCUCCUAUGCUAGUUUUCUGUCGCCCAAUCAAACCAAUGAAGGACUUUAUACAUAUAUCACAGCGGCCAUGGACGAUGAGAAUGGCACGAAGUUUCAAGUGCAUGAGAUCACCAAUCGUACUAGUGGCAUAUCCACCGAAGAGGUUACAAACAGUGUGCCUGGCGACGGGCCCAAAGGUUUUGUGAACUUCCGCGAUAGCAAGGAGAUCAUGAUGACCAGCGACACGGAGAACAAAUUCAAAUACUCCUCGGCCACCACCACUACCACUUCACGCCUGGCAACAACAAAUCGCAGCAAUAAUAGCUUGAUUGGUGGCAGCAAUAAAGUGUCCUUCAGCGCCACCACACCACUGCAACCGGCCGCCUCACUGCGCAUCGCCGUCACCACCGAGCCACCCAACACAGCCGAAGACGACAAAACUAAUUCCGAUAACAACAGCAAAAAAGCGCCAGCAAACACUUGUGCACCACAUCAAUUACGCUGUGUGAGCGGCAAAUGCAUCACAGUCAAUCAACUCUGCGAUAAGAAAAUUGACUGUCCAGAUGGCGCUGAUGAACUGAUGUGUGUCUACAAUGAGCAGCGCAGCUCGACAACAACAACAAUGCGCAGCAGCACAGAUGUCGGACCAUCUCGUAGCAGAAGUGUGCGCAUGCAAUCGUCGACAACGCCGGCGUCAACAAUGCGCGCUGAUAAACGCUCCUUGACACGUACAACAAUCAAACGUAAGGUGAAAAUCUAAUGUUGCAAUAACAACAACGGCGUAAUGGCCACUUGAAAUCGUUAUUGUUG